CCAGCCCUGCAGUAGGGUAGCCCUGCCUUUUCGUGUUGCUGAUUCCAAUCCGCUUAACUCGUGGCGAAAUUUGCAUUUACCAUUUCGCAGACAAAUCGCAGUGCAAAACAAAAUGCCGGGCGUCGAGACGAUCAAAUCCUCCUGGGCGGAUGAGGUGGAGCUGGACUACGGCGGCCUGCCGCCGACGACCGAGACGGUGGAGAACGGGCACAAGUACGUGACCGAGUACAAGUACAACAAGGACGACAAGAAGACGAAGGUGGUGCGCACGUACAAGAUCUCCAAGCAGGUGGUGCCCAAGACGGUGGCCAAGCGGCGCACCUGGACGAAGUUCGGCGAGUCGAAGAACGACAAGCCGGGUCCCAAUUCGCAGACCACCAUGGUCUCCGAGGAGAUCAUCAUGCAGUUCCUCAACUCCAAGGAGGACGAGAAGGCCAACGAUCCGCUGCUGGAUCCCACCAAGAACAUUGCCAAGUGCCGCAUUUGCAACGGCGAGCAUUGGUCGGUCAAUUGUCCCUACAAGGGCACCGCCAUGGACACCAAUCUGAUGGAGAAGAAGGCCUCGGCCGCCGCAGCGGCUGCCGUGGAUGCCCCCAAGUCUGGGAAGUAUGUGCCUCCCUUCCUCAAGGACAGCCAAAAGGGCGGACUGGGAAUGCGGGGACGCGAUGAUACGGCCGCCAUCAGGAUAUCCAAUCUGUCGGAGUCCAUGACCGAGGCGGAUCUCGAGGAGCUGGUGAAGAAGAUCGGGCCGCAGAGCAAGAUGUACCUGGCCCGCGACAAGAACACCGGCCUCUGCAAGGGAUUCGCCUAUGUGCACUUCAAGCAGCGCAAGGAUGCCGCCGCCGCCAUCGAGAUCCUCAACGGACACGGCUACGACCAUCUCAUCCUCAGUGUCGAGUGGUCCAAGCCGCAGAACAAUUAGUUCCCGUUCCAGUCCCGCUCUAAAUACAAAUAUACCCGCGUUUACUGCUCACACGAGUUCGUACGGAUCGAUCACACAAUUUGUCCCUAUGCUAUAUAAGUUUGCUACAAAUAAAAAGAGAAAACUGCCCUUACGGGGGCACCGAAAACGAGCUUA